AUGGACGGCGGCGACCCCAGCCGCAGCGCAGCUGCUGAAAUGGCCUACGGGGAGUCUGACAAGCAGCAGCCUGCAGAGGCCACGUGCUCUACCGGGGCCCCUCCGCCUCCCGUUACACAGCAGUUAGCGGGCUUGACUAGCUCAGAGUCACGCGCCGAAAUUCAGAAUCCCUGUACAGCAGCAGGCGAGGCCCUCCAGGUCGAGGCCCCUUAUGCCUCUCCAGGGGCGGCCUGGGGCUGCGGCAAAACUGCCAGCCUGCAGGGCCUCAUGAAAAAGCGUGAGCCUUGCGAAAUCAAAUUUGAGCAUCCCCUGGGGGGCCCUAUCCCGUCAGUCCUGCCCAGCACCUCAGCCAGCAGCGGGGGCUCUCUGGCUGGGGAGAGCGAUGACAGCUUCUGCCAAGUGGCCUCAUUUUCUGAGGUGUUUUCUCCGCCUGAUGGCUCCCCCAUAGUUGCAGCCUCAGACGCAGCAUUAGCAGCAGCUCAAUCGGCAACAGAAGCAGCCCCAGGGACAGCAACAGAAGUAGGAACAGAAGCAGCAAUAGUGGCGGCAGCAGCAGCCCCAACAGGGGAGGCCCUUCACGCAGAGCUAAAGACGUUUGAGCUCCUCACCCACCUCAGGACUGUCGCCAGGAGGUGGGCCCUUUACCAUGACAACUUUUUCUUUCACUGGGACAGGCUCUGUUCAGAAUGGAAAGCCAGGAAGAGGCAAGGCACUCAGGGGAUUCCAAAGAGUCGGGGGUCCCAGGAAGUCCAGGGAUCUUCGGGAGCUCACGGAACUCAGGGCCCUCAUGGGGUUCUUGAUCCUUACUGUGGCUAUGAGCGAGAGGCAAAAGACGAAAGCAGUCGGGGGUUACACAAUGAGGGGCGCCAAGGAGAGGCAGUGACUCUAGACACUGUAGAUAUACUUUGCGCGUCAUUACCUCGUUUGUGGAGCGCCUCCUCCCAUAGCUUUGGGGGGCUGCAUGGCCCCGCUCUGUCUUUGCUGCUGCAGCAGCUGGACGGUAGACGCCGUUCCAUAGACGGCAGCUAUGCUCCUCUUAGCCGAUUCUUAGAAAUACCUUUCGGCACCUACUCCGUCUCCCGUACUGUUUCUAUUCGCAGACAGGACUCCAGUAAAACCUUAUGUUCAGAGGGCCCUCUGGCUGAUGAGGAGCCCCUCAGGCAUCGCAGCACUUCGAUUCCAUGGGCAGCAACCCUAGGGGCUCCGCAGGUCUCGCACUGCCUCGACGGGUCGUGGAGCCCUGUGGGUCCCGCUUCUGCGGGGCCUCCGUGGCUACAUGGGGCGUUCGUCGAUAGUGCUUCGCAGCCGCCCAACCCGUAUAUCCCCCCUGCAUCUCCUGCUGCUGUUGCUGCCACUAAGGCCCUGCGGGAAGCUGCUGCCAGCCUGCUGUCAAAUUCCACUUUUUACCCUCCGUGCUGCCGAGGGGCGCUUGAUGGCUUAUGCAGCUGCAGCUGCAGUUGCGCAGACUGCCGGGACGACUCCAGACAAUUCGGCGUCUGCGAAUACAGUGAAGCCAACGGACUAUCUCUGGGCCAGUACCCAUUUCAGGGCCCUCUUGUGCAUGGGCAGUACGGCGGACCCAAAACACAGGGAUCCUCCCAGUCAGAAGAUCCGCGAAAUCGCCUUUUUUGUGGAUGGUGCGACAGCUGCGUCAGCAGCAAUGGUGGCAGCAGCACUAAUGCGUUUCCAGUCAAAGCAGCUGUAAAUAACAAAACUUGGGCACACCGACCACCUCGUCUGCAUGUCAAAGUUAGCACACCUGCAGACAAGGAAGUCCCUGCUGCCCAUCUUUUGGGUCCCUUCAGUUCCGCUGGCUGCGACGAUUUCCGUACCACUGCUGGUGUCGCUGCUGGAGCUUCUUCAACAGAUCCCCCUCACGCCUGUUACGGUCAGUCACCGAGCUCCCUGGAUGAGCACUCUUCUCCCGAAAUUUCGGGGGCCCCUAAGUGGGAUAGUACUAUCAGCAGCACCGUGAGGGAGCAGCACAUGGACGAAGGGGGUUUACUGUCCGAGGCCCACCCCGAGGAGACACUUCACGGCGAGCAGCAACUCCACAACGGCAACAACAGUAGCAGUUGUAGCAGCAGCAAGUGUGAAGAGACAGAGGGGCUUUCAAUAGACCCAGCACACUGCCUUGGGGGCCGCUGGACUCUCCAUCAGUCGCCCUCCACGCCAUGGGUUCAGACUUGGCGCGUAAAUGGCCCUAGAAUUCCAGCUCAGAACCCAAGCAACCUUCCCCAGCAGCAGGACCAGCAGCAGCUGCAGCAGGACCAGCAGCAGCAGCAGCAACCGCAACAACAGCAGCAUCAGCAGAAGCAGCAGUCAGGCAAGCACACCGAUAACUUCAGCAAGAGUCGACGGCGCACUCUCCAGCCUCCGCAGUUGCAGCACCAACACCGGCGGCAGGAGCAGCAGCAGCAACAGCAGCAACGUCAGGAGCAGUUGCUGCUGCAUGAGCUGCAUCUACAACAACACCAGCUGCAGCAGCAGCUGAUUCAGCAGCAAAUGCAGCAGCAGCAGUUGCAGCAGCAGCAGUUACAGCAGCAACAGUUGCAGCAGCAACAGUUACAGCAACAACAGUUGCAGCAGCAGCACUUGCAGCAGCAACAGCUGCAGCAGCAGCACUUGCAGCAACAGCAGUUGCAGCAGCAACAGCUGCAGCAGCAGCAGUUGCAGCAACAACAGUUGCAGCAGCAGCAACAGCAGCAGCAGCAGCAGCAGCAGCAGCAGACCGAGGCUCCCUCAAUAUCACCUGCAGCAGACGCUCAUAGCACCAGCAAGUUCUUUUGCGGUGGCCGCCUUUCAGGUGAUUCUGUUUCUGUCCAGGGUUCCCGUACUGAGGGGCAUGAGAGACCUGGCGAUGGGGACAGGGAUGAACCUGCAAAGCAGCACAAGGUGGAGCAUCCGCAGUACCUAGUGCAAGUUUCAUGCCAGCAGCAGGAUCAGCAGCACGAACAGCAGCAGCGUGACCCCCAGCAGCAACAGCAGCAGGCGCAGCAGUCCUCUGGCCGUGCCUCAGCUGGACCAUGGGAGCACGAAGCAGGGCCCCUGGCACGUGAUAAGAAACGACGGGCGCCCGAGCCCAACGAGUGGUGGAGGCCCAUAGGCUCGACAAAGGAUGAGCUGGGUGACUCAGACGCUAAGGAGCUCACUGAACAGAAUGCCCUCAAUAAUAUUUCCGCGGAGGAACAGCAAACCCCUAGAACUAGGGGCCACCCCUCCAAACUUACACAGGUACUGCACAAAAACGGCUCCCUCGCCGUAACUGCUGCUGGCGGCGAACCAUCGCCCUUGCAUCGUAUUCGCCUGGGGGUCCCGUCCCGUUUACCUCCUGCUUCUGCUCGGUCUAGUGCUACGGGCAGUAGCGAGGGCAGCCUCUUGAAAGCAGCCCGCAAGGCCAACCACAUUGUGGUGGAGGACGGAGGUUUGCGUUUGUCUUUCGUGGCGCGCAAAGGCGUUUACUAUGACAAGAGAAGGAGACUGUGGAGGGCAAAUUGGAAGGAGAAUGGACGAAUUCACACUAAGGGAUUCUCAGUACAUGACUUUGGGACCCACCAGGCUGCUCGCGGGAAGGCGAUAGAGUUUAGGGAAAAGAAGGAACAAGAAAUAGACACUUAUCAUCAGGCACGGAGCCCCAGGGCCCACACGAGCGACAACUGGAUGGCGAGGCCUCAGCCUCAUCUGAGACCAACAGACGCUCUUUCAGAACAAACCGCCUGA